UAGAAUAUAAGGGAAAUAAGAAUAUCCCUCGAAAGAAAAGGAUGACUAGUCAGAUUACUGUAUUGUGUAUCUGUAUUAUUAUAUCCGUAUGUUUAGGUUUAAGGUUUGCUCCUGGGGAAAUUCCAGUAGAUCUAUAUUCACUCAGAGCUGAUAAGCCUGCCUUGGAUCCAGAACCGGUUAUUCAGUAUCUGAGAGAGCUGGAACAAAUCUCACAGCUGUUGCCACGUGGUGAAAUUUCUCAGUUGUUGCCACGUGGUGAAAGUGAAACGCAAGAAGAGAAGAGAGUUCCAGAAAAUGAGAAUCUGGAGGAUUUUGUUGGAAAAACUCCUGUGAAGAGGCGCGGCCCAGUUUGGUAUCCUGCUGCAAACAAGAGAUGGCAUAUCUGCACCCCCCGAAGCCUGAGCUGCAGUUUUACCCCGAACUCCUGUUGUCCCGGAACUACCUGUAUCUGCAACCUAUGGGGCCAAAACUGCAAAUGUGAGCGAGUAGGUUUGAUUAGCCAAUGGUUGGGAUAAGCUCUUCAAUACGAGUGUCUCCUAAAGUUUAAUCCAAUUUAAAAAGUAUUUUUUUUUCAAAAUAUCAUUUUGGUUUUGUCAGGCAGAUCUAAACCUAAGCUUUAAGUUUGAAUCGAUGAAAACUGUUUAAAAUCUAUUAUUUUUGUCUUUUCUAUCAUUAAUCUAUCAAAUAUACAGAGUGAGUAAAAAAAUGGCAUUACCAAUAUUUUACAUUCAACAACACUACAAUUUUUUAUAGGAUUUAUGUUAUAUGCUAAAAAGUAAUAAAAUGCAAUAAUUGAAAUAAUUAAAAUUCAACAAAUAUUUCUUGGUACAAAGAAAAAAAUCUGCUUUUUCUUAAGAAAUUGAUUGUAAAAUGUUUCACAAAAAUGGAAUUGAAUUAAUCCACAAAAUUAGUUCUUUUGAUAAGAUUUCGAUCAGAUUUGUGUUAAUAUAUUUUUGGCGGAUUUUUUAGAUAAAUGUUUUUUUAUUAAUGGAUUUUCAUAAAACAUUGGAAGAAACAUUUUCUAGUUGAUUUAAAAAGAAAGUAUUUCUUUCUCAAAAAAAUAGUUUUGUGGAUGUUUCUCUACUUAAAACUUGAACCCUGACAGAAUCUUUAAAACUUGAACCCUGACAGAAUCUUUAAAA